AUGAAGACCGUGCUUGUUCUGUCCCUUGGGUUUCUCUUCUUUGGCAAGGAAGGCCUGAAUCUUCAGGUCGUUAUUGGGAUGGUCCUAGUAGCUGUUCUUGGAAUGAUAUGGUAUGGAAACGCAUCUGCUAAACCAGGUGGCAAAGAGCGGCGCAGCGUGCUGCCGGUGAGGUCUGCGAGCCUCAAGGGAAGUUCAGAAGAAAAGGACGGUGCGGAGAAGUAA